GUUGCUUUGUGGCUGUCAAUUUCCCCCGUGGUCCGAGUAGAUCUCUACAUUUUCAGGGGUGGCGGCUGCUACGACAGCGGAGAGAUGAGGCAGAAGCGCAAAGGAGACCUCAGCCCUGCUCAGCUAAUGAUGCUGACCAUAGGAGAUGUUAUUAAACAGCUAAUUGAAGCUCAUGAACAGGGAAAAGACAUCGAUCUAAAUAAGGUGAAGACCAGGACAGCUGCCAAAUACGGGCUGUCGGCGCAGCCCCGCCUGGUGGACAUCAUCGCCGCAGUCCCGCCUCAGUAUCGGAAGGUCUUGGUCCCCAAGCUCAAGGCGAAACCCAUCAGGACUGCCAGUGGGAUUGCUGUUGUGGCUGUCAUGUGCAAACCCCACAGAUGUCCACACAUCAGUUUUACAGGAAAUAUAUGUGUGUACUGCCCUGGCGGACCUGAUUCAGAUUUCGAAUAUUCCACCCAGUCUUACACUGGAUACGAGCCAACCUCCAUGCGAGCUAUCCGUGCCAGGUAUGACCCUUACCUGCAGACAAGACACCGGAUAGAACAGUUAAAACAGCUUGGUCACAGUGUGGAUAAAGUGGAAUUCAUCGUGAUGGGCGGAACAUUUAUGGCCCUUCCAGAAGAAUACAGAGAUUAUUUUAUUCGAAAUUUACAUGAUGCCUUAUCAGGACAUACCUCCAACAAUAUUUAUGAGGCCGUCAAAUAUUCUGAGAGAAGCCUCACAAAGUGCAUUGGAAUUACUAUUGAGACCAGACCAGAUUACUGCAUGAAGCGGCAUCUCAGUGACAUGUUGACCUACGGCUGCACGAGGCUGGAGAUUGGGGUGCAGAGUGUUUAUGAGGAUGUGGCCAGAGAUACCAACCGGGGCCACACUGUGAAGGCAGUGUGCGAGUCCUUCCACCUGGCCAAAGAUUCUGGCUUCAAAGUGGUGGCUCAUAUGAUGCCUGAUCUGCCGAACGUGGGACUGGAGAGAGACAUUGAACAGUUUAUAGAGUUUUUCGAGAACCCAGCUUUCCGUCCUGACGGUUUGAAACUCUACCCCACCCUGGUGAUUCGUGGGACAGGGCUCUAUGAGCUGUGGAAGUCAGGAAGAUACAAGAGUUAUUCCCCCAGCGACCUGAUCGAGUUGGUGGCCCGGAUCCUGGCCCUCGUACCGCCGUGGACGCGAGUGUACCGCGUGCAGAGAGAUAUUCCAAUGCCCUUAGUCAGCUCAGGAGUGGAGCACGGUAACUUGAGAGAGCUGGCAUUUGCAAGAAUGAAAGACCUUGGAAUACAGUGUCGUGAUGUGAGAACCAGAGAGGUUGGAAUCCAAGAAAUUCAUCACAGAGUCCGGCCAUACCAGGUUGAAUUGGUGAGAAGAGAUUAUGUUGCAAAUGGAGGCUGGGAAACCUUCUUAUCCUAUGAAGACCCAGAUCAGGACAUCUUGAUUGGCCUCCUGAGAUUGCGGAAGUGUUCAGAGGAGACAUUCCGUUUCGAAUUGGUUGGGGGCGUGUCCAUAGUCCGAGAGCUGCACGUGUACGGAAGCGUGGUCCCCGUAAGCAGUCGGGAUCCCACUAAAUUUCAGCAUCAGGGCUUUGGCAUGCUCCUGAUGGAGGAAGCAGAACGAAUAGCCAGAGAAGAACAUGGAUCUGGGAAAAUAGCUGUUAUAUCAGGUGUCGGCACCAGGAAUUAUUACAGAAAGAUUGGCUACAGAUUGCAAGGUCCAUACAUGGUAAAGACACUAGAAUAACACCACACCAGUCCACCUUGAGGCAUCUCCUCCCUGGCAGGAAACAGAUCCAGGAUGUCUUGAAAACUCAGCACAGAGGCUGAGCAAAGCAAAUGGACCUCCCUGAGCCCCUGGCAGGAGGCUCCGCCUCGCCCUGGAGCCUGGAAACCUUGCUUAGGGCUGGGUGGGGCUUCUACUGACCAAGCGCAUGGAGCCUGGACACUCAGACCCCCCCCACAACACCCGCUCCUGCAUGUUCUCAAGACGUCACCUGUUUUCGAGCCUUAACUCCUGUAUCUACUUUCUCAGUUUUGCAUGAGACUUGCAAGUGACCUAACUGUGACUCAGGCAAAGAGACAAAAAGCAAGUUAAUCAACUCAUUUGGACACCACGAUUCAUGAACUAAAACUGGCUAUGUCACUUAAGGAGUAAACUUAGGGGUAGGUUAUUUAUAUAGAGUAUAGACAAAGAGUCGUGUUGGGAUCAUGUGAAAACUGUCAGACAUUGAUCUCUGUCCUGUUACUAUAAUGCGUACGCAUUCCAGCACUAGUUUAAAAAAUGAGCUUUCAUUUUAAA